UAUUUUUCUUGUUAAUGCUUUAUCUGUCAAGCAAUAUCUCAUCUAAGCUUCUAUUUCUCCCUAGAUGGUGUUAAAGCACUCAAAACCUGUUGUUUUGGUGAGCAGCCAUUGUUCCUGUGUGGCGGGCUGUGCCUUAUGCAAUCAUUUGGUUGCACUUCUUUAUCAGACUGCCCAUUAUUCACAGCUAAACAUUCCUGCUGUUCCCCUGGUGCACAGCUGCACAGACACAGAGCAGAUCUGGCAUAAACCAAGGACACUGGGUGUUAGGCCAGGCCCAGUUGAAGAAAUGGAGUUUAGAAAACCCAGAAACUCAACAACAGACUGUGUAAGAAGUUCUCUCUACAAGGCGCUAGAUGGGGAACUGCCGGAUCUUGCCAUGUUGAGAGUAUCAGAGGUGUACAAAGACUUUCCCCCUUCACUUGCACCCUUGGUAACAACAAUGGGCAUGUCAGCUGAUGUCCCGUUAGUCCAGUCUGCUUUUGGAGCUGUCCAGGCAAGGAGCAUGCUGUCAUUUCAGCAUAAACCACCAGCAAUGAGGGAAGUCAUCAACAUCCCAUCUGCCCCUGCCUCACCCUCCCUUCCCAUCCACAGCUACAGGCUCGAAACACCAUCCUGUGCCUAUGUUCUAUCAGAGCAGGAACAUCUGCACCUGAAGUCUCUGGAGGUGUCAUUCAACAUGGCCCACUGCAGCUGCAACACAAGGGCAGAGGUCGUUUGA